CGUACUCAUUUUCGCGGAAAAGUUCUGUUGUGAGGACAAAAUAUUUUGUCCCCGCAAUAUGUUGCAUAACCUUCAGCUGGUUUGAAUUCGUACGUCAUGAAGUAGGAACAAAAUGAACUCAAUUUUCAAUGUCGCAUGUAAUGCACUGCUCCGCAAACUGUGCCCACUACUACAUGGAAAUGAACCAAUAACCACUUCGUAUGCACAGGAUUACGUACUGACCCUGCAACUUCUUAUGCGCACAUACGAGAGUGCUUCUCCCCUCUUCGCAUUCCCGCAACAUACUCCCCUGGCGUAUGCCGACCUUUACAAUAUGAGUCUUUUAACAGGAGAAAUCAGCCAUGACGUGCGCGCGGUUGAUCUAAAACGAAGGCGCGUUAUUCGAGCCGUAAAAAUUGAAGAAGACCUGAUCAGAAACGCGAAAUGCAACCUGAUUAGAAAAACACAAUUGCUAUUGUUUCUUAAGUUUAAUUAACUGUUAAUUUACCCGCUGUAAACUUGUGUGCUACCUGUUGGAUCUCGAGUUUUAGGAGUCGUUUCACAUCAAUAUUUAAUCACCUCAUUUUGUUGAAGUUCAUUCAGUGGUUGGAAACUCUCGGGGUUGUUAAAAUGGAGCGUUUCGUCUUUAUCGUCUUUCUGAUAUCUCUCUGCAAUGCUAUCUACGGCCUGGAAAAAUUACCUGAAGUGACUGUUACGGGAAAUAAGAGCCUCGCCGCAAAAGUUGAAAAUGGCACGAUGGUGGAAGAUGGUGCGUCAAAGGUGAACUCCUCUCGUUUCAGAUCUCGACCUGCUUUGUUAAUGUUGUCUGUUGAAAUCAUUAAAAACGGAAAUCGCUCAAACAGCACGGAUAAGGCGCGUGACGGUUCGGAGAUUUUCGUUGUGGAUGGCGGAAACACGCCGGAGGAAGUUUCGUUUUUCGAACCUCCCAAAGCCUCGCCGUAUUUUCCACGUUUUAGUGAGAUUUCGAUGCGAACUCUGUACUUGAUCGUAUGCAUGUGUUUGUUAAUUCUGCUUCUUAUGAUCGUCAAACUGCUCGUAUCAAGAAGAGAACGUAAAAAGGAUUAUGAUAUGGUGACCAAAGGUGAAUUUGACGCUUAAAACUGAACAAAAUGGAUCACGAAUCACAGACAUAUGGCUAUUGUGCUCUACCAUGGUAAAAAGGAUUUUCACGUAACCGGAAAAUCCGGUUGCAAGCUGGUUUGCAGGAACCAGAACUCAUCGCAUUGUAAACUGGAUUGCUUUGUUUGCUAUGUUGUUCCUGGAAAACAUCGCUUUACGCCGUGGAAACACUAAAGUAGGAAGCCCCAUGUUUAGUAUUGACAUGAAUAAUCUUUUAAUAUAUACUACUGACAAAUCACAAUCGAGAAUGGGCAAAGUAUUUUGUAAAAGAUCAGCAGGUUGCAAGGAUCUUUGUAGCUUAGAAAGUAACUGAUCAACGAACUUGCCAUUUUUUGUGUGCUUAUUUUUAAUAAAUCGUUCCAAAUAAUAGGCACAGUGGCUUAAAUAAUCAAUAAAUUUUUUACUAAAGUAUGUGAGGCCAGUUGUAUUCUCAUAUAAAUAAUUGGUUUUAAGGCCAAUUUACAUGUACACCUCUUACUAACCGAGUUCGAGGUCCCUACUGUAAGUUACGGACCGAGUUUUUUCCUCUUCGAUUUCAUAGAUCGAAAGGGAAAAACGAGGAUCCGUAACUUACAGCACGGACCGAGAAGACG